AUGCCGGACAGGUUUGCCUGCCCACCGUUCAACUGCUAUGACGAGAAGACUGAUCCGGUAGAACACGUCAGCCAUUAUAUUCAGAUGAUGUCUUUGCAUACUCAUAACGAUGCGCUUAUGUGCAAGGUAUUUCCCUCAAGUUUGGGACCGACUGCAUUGAGAUGGUUUAAUGGGUUACGGAAAGGACCCGUACGAAGUUUCUUCAAGCUGAUUCAAGAGUUCGGAGUCCGGUUUGUGACGUGCAGCCGAGUACCUCAGCCAGUAGACGCGCUCCUGUCAAUGAAAAUGAGGGCGGAAGAGACCCUCUGUAGUUACGCUAGUCGGUAUUGGGAGCUAUACAACGAGAUCAGCGGGGAUAACGAAAGGGUGGCGGCAAGCACAUUUAGAAUGGGGUUGCCCGAGGAUUCAGGGCUACGAGAGUCAUUGACCAAAAAGCCGCUUGAAGGCAUGCGGCAGCUUAUGAGACGCAUCGAGGAAUACAAACGAUUAGAAGAUGACCGGCUACAGAGCAAAGGUAAAGCGCUGAUGAUGACUCGUCCCCGGCAGGCAGGUUUCCCGUUCAGGCCCCGUGGGGGUCCGACGAUUCAAGAACCGGCCACACAAAUGGGAGAAGUGAACGUGACGUUUAAGGAACCGGUACAUAGGAUUCUUGACCAGAUCAAACAUGAGCCGGGUCACACCACCGAACAAUGUCGGGUAUUAAAAGACCACCUCGAGCAGCUAGUUAAGGCCGGACACUUAAAGGAUUUCGUGCUAGACUCGGGGGACAGAGUAGUAGGGCAAGAUAUCCGGCAAAGGGGAAACCCUCUCCUACCCCCUGUGGGGAUAAUUGAAGUAAUCCAUGUUGCGCCGGAGAAGCUCAUUGUAGGAAGAAGGAAAGGAGUGUUGACAGUAGUGCCGGUAGAAGGUAACCCAGGUCUACAGUCGUCGGGUAAGAAAAUGAAGUUUGCACGGGAGCCUGUCUCGUUUAACGAUGGUGAUCUAGAGGGGACAAUUCAGCCACAUGAUGACGCGUUAAUGGUCACGGCUCGGAUAAACGGCUUCUUAGUAAAAAGAGUGAUGAUAGACCAGGGAAGCGGGGCCGACGUGAUGUACCCUGAUCUGUUCAAGGGACUUGGUCUGAAGAAGGAGGACCUCAUGAAGCACACUUCACCUUUGGUUGGAUUUGAUGGCAAAGUAGUGAUUCCUGAAGGGCAAAUCUCCCUCCCUGUGAUUAUGGGAGGGAAAGAGGUAUCUGUAACGUUCACAAUAGCAAGCUCAUUUUCCCUGUAUACUGCCAUCCUGGGAAGACCAUGGAUCCACUCAAUGAGGGCCGUCCCAUCAACAUUGCAUGUGAAGAUUAAAUUCCCAACCGAGUGGGGUGUUAUUGUAAUAAAAGGAGACCAACAAGCGGCCAGACAGUGCCUUACUACCGUAGUAAACUGGAAGCAGAGGAAUUAG